ACGAACAAAAAAGAUCCAAUAGAAAAAAUAUUCAGUACAAUGAAUCGGAAUCCUCAGGUAUGCAGUGCGCGUGUAGGCCAAGAGGUUCUCCUAGAUGCGGAAGAAUCAGAGUUGGUUCGUUGUCGGGACACAGCUGUUUGCCCAUACGUGGAAAACUCCGAGUUGGCUCGCGAUAAGACCCCGGAGAGCCCCCUGGAAAUAUCUCCACACUCGAACAAUCCAGAGAUUUCCGAGAAGCUUCAGAACUCAAUGUCGGGAUCCGGAAAGAGCACAGCCAAUGGCCCAGACGAGGACGACUCACAGCUGGUUUGCAAUUCACAGCUGGGGUCGGAUGAGGACCUAAGCAUUGGCCCAUCCGAGGACGACGAAGACGACGCCGACGACGCCGGCGACGCCGACGACGAGGAUGACGACGAGGACGACUACCAGUCGGGCGUACAGAUCAUAGAGAUCCUUAAGACUCCCAGGGGAGUCGUAAAAGUGACCCGCGUUAGAUCUGAGAUCAAUAUGCGAAAGAAGCGUUGGGAGGACAAACUGAACGCCUACAAGGGACUGGUGGAACGCAACCACGAGCUGCACGCGAUCUACGAGGAGAACCGACUAGCAGUAGCCGCAGGGCUGGCUGAGGUUACCAGAGAAAUGGACGAGUUGGGCUGCUGGCCCGAAGAUGUCCCGGAGGGUCCAGGGGACGGCGCGGUUGGGAACGAAAUGGCACUGGUCGAGGCAGAUGAAAAGCUGAAAUCAUUCCGAGAUAUGUGCACUAUUUGUUGAGCCAUGAGCUCACUCUAUAUCCUCCCGGGGUGUUUAUAUAUUUGUUAAUGUUGCAUUGAGCUUAAGACACACACACAAGACACUCCUUUAGGACAGCAAUAAACUCAUGCAAAACAAA